CCUUCGCGGAGCAGCCAAACCCCCACCUCCCCUUGCGCGCGCGCGCGUGUAUAUGUGUGUGUGGGGCGCAGGCAGCGGCUCCCUUCUCUGCCGCCGGACCCACAGCGUGCCCCCUCCCUCAUCCCCUCCCCUUUCCUUUCCUUUUUAAAUUAUUAUUUAAACCUCAGGAGCCUUCCUGCGCUUCUCUCUCUCUCUUUAUUUUUGGGAGCCCCCCCUCUUCUUCCUCUCUGAGAGGGCUGUUUCCCCCCCCCCACCCCCACAAUGGCUCAGAUACUCCCCAUAAGAUUCCAGGAGCACUUUCAGCUCCAAAAUCUUGGAAUUAAUCCAGCAAACAUUGGAUUCAGUACCUUAACAAUGGAAUCUGAUAAAUUCAUAUGUAUUCGAGAAAAAGUUGGUGAGCAAGCACAGGUUGUGAUCAUAGACAUGAGCGAUCCAACCACUCCUAUCAGGCGCCCAAUCUCUGCAGAAAGUGCCAUCAUGAAUCCAGCUUCUAAAGUAAUUGCUCUGAAAGCGGGGAAAACACUCCAGAUCUUUAACAUUGAGAUGAAAAGCAAAAUGAAAGCACACACGAUGGCAGAGGAAGUGAUCUUCUGGAAAUGGAUUUCUGUGAAUACCGUUGCCUUAGUGACAGAGACUGCAGUUUAUCACUGGAGUAUGGAAGGAGACUCACUGCCCCAAAAGAUGUUUGACAGGCACGCCAGUCUUGCAGGCUGCCAAAUCAUCAAUUACAGAACCGAUGAAAAUCAGAAGUGGCUGCUCCUGAUAGGAAUCUCUGCCCAGCAAAAUCGUGUGGUUGGUGCCAUGCAGCUGUAUUCAGUGGAUCGAAAAGUUUCCCAGCCUAUAGAGGGACAUGCAGCAGCCUUCGCAGAAUUCAAAAUAGAAGGCAAUGCCAAGCCCUCCACCCUCUUCUGUUUUGCUGUGCGAAGCCCUGCAGGAGGCAAGCUGCAUAUAAUUGAAGUGGGUCAACCUGCUGCUGGAAACCAGCCCUUUGUCAAGAAAGCUGUUGAUGUCUUUUUCCCUCCAGAGGCUCAAACGGAUUUCCCAGUGGCAAUGCAGAUUGGAACAAAGCAUGGUGUUAUCUAUCUGAUCACAAAAUAUGGAUAUAUUCAUAUGUAUGACUUGGAAUCUGGAGUGUGCAUCUACAUGAACCGUAUUAGUGCAGACACUAUCUUUGUAACUGCACCUCAUGAACCUACCUCAGGAAUUAUUGGUGUAAAUAAAAAAGGACAGGUACUCUCUGUUUGUGUGGAGGAAGAUAACAUUGUAAAUUACGCCACCAAUGUUCUCCAGAAUCCUGAUUUGGGUCUGCGCAUGGCGAUCAGGAGUAACUUAGCUGGGGCGGAAGAACUCUUUGCCAGGAAAUUUAAUACACUUUUUGCACAGGGAAAUUAUGCAGAAGCGGCUAAAGUGGCUGCAUCUGCACCAAAGGGAAUCUUGCGCACAAGUGAUACCAUCCGAAAGUUCCAGAGUGUACCAGCUCAGCCAGGGCAGGCCUCUCCCUUGCUCCAGUACUUCGGUAUCCUCCUUGAUCAAGGCCAGCUCAAUAAAUUUGAGUCUCUGGAACUCUGCCGUCCUGUUCUUCAGCAAGGUCGCAAGCAGCUUUUAGAAAAAUGGCUAAAAGAAGACAAGCUGGAAUGCUCUGAGGAGCUAGGAGACUUGGUAAAGGCUGCUGACCCAACCCUUGCCCUCAGCGUUUAUCUCCGUGCGAAUGUACCAAACAAAGUAAUUCAGUGUUUUGCAGAAACUGGUCAAUUCCAGAAAAUAGUUCUUUAUGCCAAAAAGGUUGGUUAUACUCCAGAUUGGAUUUUCUUAUUGAGGAGUGUGAUGAGGGUCAGCCCAGAUCAGGGUCUCCAGUUUGCUCAGAUGUUGGUACAGGAUGAAGAGCCACUAGCCAACAUCAAUCAGAUUGUUGAUGUGUUCAUGGAGAACAGUUUGAUUCAGCAGUGUACCUCCUUUUUGUUGGAUGCCUUGAAAAAUAACCGUCCUGCCGAAGGCCACCUCCAGACUCGUUUGCUUGAGAUGAACCUCAUUCAUGCUCCACAGGUUGCAGAUGCUAUCCUGGGAAACCAGAUGUUCACACAUUAUGAUCGUGCCCACAUUGCCCAACUUUGUGAAAAGGCAGGCUUGUUACAGAGAGCAUUGGAACACUACACUGAUCUUUACGACAUCAAGCGAGCUGUUGUUCAUACCCAUCUUUUGAACCCGGAGUGGCUUGUGAACUUCUUUGGCUCUCUAUCAGUUGAAGAUUCUGUUGAGUGCCUACGUGCUAUGCUGUCCGCCAACAUCCGACAAAACCUACAGCUCUGUGUGCAAGUGGCGUCCAAAUACCACGAGCAGCUGGGCACCCAGUCUCUUGUGGAGCUGUUUGAAUCCUUUAAAAGUUACGAAGGGCUGUUUUAUUUCCUGGGCUCUAUCGUGAACUUCAGUCAAGACCCAGAUGUCCACUUUAAGUAUAUCCAGGCAGCUUGCAAGACUGGCCAAAUCAAAGAGGUAGAAAGAAUCUGCCGAGAAAGCAAUUGUUAUAAUCCAGAACGGGUGAAGAACUUUCUGAAGGAAGCUAAGCUCACAGACCAGCUUCCCCUCAUAAUUGUCUGCGACAGAUUUGACUUCGUCCAUGACCUGGUUCUCUAUUUGUACCGUAACAACUUGCAGAAAUACAUUGAGAUCUAUGUUCAAAAGGUAAACCCAAGUCGUAUUCCAGCUGUGGUUGGAGGGCUUCUAGAUGUGGAUUGUUCUGAAGAUGUUAUCAAGAACUUGAUCAUGGUGGUGAGAGGCCAGUUCUCAACAGAUGAACUGGUAGCUGAAGUGGAAAAAAGAAAUAGGCUUAAGUUGCUGCUGCCCUGGCUCGAGUCUCGAAUUCAUGAAGGCUGUGAAGAACCAGCAACACACAAUGCACUGGCUAAAAUCUAUAUUGACAGCAACAACAACCCAGAACGCUUUCUGCGGGAGAACCCCUUUUACGACAGCCGUGUUGUAGGCAAAUACUGUGAAAAGAGGGACCCACACUUGGCAUGCGUUGCUUAUGAGAGGGGGCAGUGUGACCUUGAACUCAUAAAGGUCUGCAAUGAGAACUCCUUGUUCAAGAGCGAAGCUCGCUACCUGGUGCGCAGGAAAGAUCCAGAACUGUGGGUAAACGUUCUGGAGGAAAACAAUCCAUUCAGGAGGCCACUCAUUGAUCAGGUUGUCCAAACCGCAUUAUCAGAAACGCAGGAUCCAGAGGAGGUUUCUGUGACUGUCAAAGCUUUCAUGACGGCUGACUUGCCCAAUGAGCUCAUUGAGCUACUGGAAAAGAUUGUUUUGGAUAACUCUGUCUUCAGUGAGCACAGGAAUCUUCAGAAUCUCCUAAUACUGACGGCCAUUAAAGCAGACCGAACACGCGUCAUGGAGUAUAUAAACCGUCUAGACAACUAUGAUGCUCCAGAUAUUGCAAAUAUUGCUAUUAGUAACGAACUGUUUGAAGAAGCUUUUGCCAUCUUUCGGAAAUUUGAUGUGAAUACUUCUGCAAUUCAGGUGUUGAUAGAACACAUUGGCAACUUGGAUCGUGCUUAUGAAUUUGCCGAGAGAUGUAAUGAACCAGCAGUUUGGAGCCAGCUGGCCAGAGCACAGCUCCAAAAGGACUUGGUGAAGGAAGCCAUAGAUUCUUACAUAAAGGCCGACGAUCCUUCUGCCUACAUGGAAGUUGUCCAGGCAGCCAACAGAAAUGAUAACUGGGAGGAUCUGGUUAAAUUUUUACAAAUGGCUAGGAAAAAGGCAAGGGAAUCUUAUGUCGAGACUGAACUUAUAUUUGCCUUGGCAAAAACUAAUAGGCUCUCGGAGCUAGAAGAGUUUGUCAGCGGCCCAAACAAUGCUCACAUACAGCAGGUUGGCGAUCGCUGCUAUGAGGAGGGCAUGUAUGAUGCGGCCAAACUUCUCUACAACAAUGUGUCUAACUUUGCUCGCCUGGCAUCUACGCUGGUUCAUCUUGGGGAGUACCAGGCAGCUGUUGAUAGCGGCCGCAAAGCCAACAGCACCAGGACAUGGAAGGAGGUGUGCUUUGCGUGUGUGGAUGGAAAGGAAUUCCGGCUUGCACAGAUUUGUGGCUUACACAUAGUAAUCCACGCUGAUGAGCUUGAAGAGCUGAUCAGCUAUUAUCAGGAUCGCGGAUACUUUGAAGAGCUGAUUGCCCUCUUAGAAGCUGCUCUGGGCCUCGAGCGUGCCCACAUGGGGAUGUUCACAGAACUUGCCAUCUUGUACUCUAAAUACAAACCACAGAAGAUGAGAGAGCACCUGGAAUUGUUUUGGUCCAGAGUCAACAUUCCCAAGGUGCUUCGGGCGGCAGAACAGGCCCAUCUUUGGGGAGAGCUGGUUUUCCUCUAUGACAAAUACGAAGAAUAUGACAACGCAAUAAUUACAAUGAUGAACCACCCUACCGAUGCAUGGAAGGAAGGGCAGUUCAAGGACAUAAUUGCAAAGGUGGCCAAUGUGGAGCUAUAUUACAAAGCGCUGCAGUUUUACUUGGAUUAUAAACCACUGCUGAUCAAUGAUCUCCUCCUGGUAUUAUCUCCAAGGCUGGAUCACACCAGGACGGUCAGCUUUUUCUCCAAGGUUAAUCAGCUGCCUCUAGUGAAACCUUACUUGCGCUCGGUCCAGAAUCAUAAUAAUAAAGGAGUCAAUGAAGCACUGAACAAUCUUCUGACAGAGGAGGAAGACUACCAGGGCUUGCGAGCAUCCAUUGAUGCCUACGACAACUUCGAUAACAUUACAUUGGCUCAGCGUCUAGAGAAACAUGAGUUGAUUGAGUUCAGGCGCAUUGCUGCUUACCUGUACAAAGGCAAUAACAGAUGGAAGCAGAGUGUGGAGCUCUGCAAGAAAGAUCGCUUAUAUAAGGAUGCUAUGCAGUAUGCCGCAGAAUCCAAAGAUGCUGAGCUGGCAGAGAAACUGCUUCAGUGGUUUCUGGAAGAAGACAAGAAAGAGUGUUUCGCAGCUUCUCUCUUCACGUGUUACGACUUGUUGCAUCCGGACGUGGUCCUUGAGCUGGCAUGGAGGCACAACAUUAUGGACUUUGCGAUGCCUUAUUUUAUCCAGGUGAUGAGGGAGUACCUGACCAAAGUUGAUGGUCUGUUUAAUAAGGUGGAUAAACUUGAUGCUUCUGAAAGCCUAAGGAAAGAAGAGGAACAAGUAACUGAACCCACUCCAAUAGUAUUUGGUUCCUCCAUUAAAGGAAGUUCAUGAUGACGAGGCCAGCAGCUGAUGCUAACGGCAGGCCCAAACACAGUACCUCCACAGGCAAACUUCCCCUAUGGCUACACGGCGCCAGGAUUCACCCAGCCACCAGUUUACGGUUUCAAUAUGUAACGUGCGCUGCGAGACCUUUAACCGUCUCCGAUCAUCAUCUUCCCGUCCCUUUUUUAUUUUUUUUAACUUUUUCUCCAAGAAGGCACAGAUGACUCCCUGCGUUGGCUUGAAUGCCCUUUUCAGCCCACCCCUACUCCCCUUGGUUCAGAGACACCCAAAGGACACUGUGUUAUUUAUUGCUAUGUCCUGUUACAUUUCAACCUCAAAAGGCAGCUCUUCCCCCCACCCUCCUUUUAUCUUGUUUUCCGUUAGCGACAUUUCAAGGCUCUGUCUGAAGCGGAGGCAACACUCCCAACUAAAACCAACAACCCAGCAUUAACUUCUGGGGGCUAGGAGGAGUUCUGCUGGUGGUUUUGGGCGUUUUAGUGCUGCUUUCCCCCUCUCUCCUUCCAGAGUCCUCUCUCUAGCCGCAUGCAUGCUGGGGCAGCGUCCUCUGGCACCAAGCUGUUAACGUGUUAAAAAGUACUGUAACAGAUGAAGCAGAACCUUCCAACUGGUGAGAUAUAUGAAAAUUGUAUGUAACACACACCUCCCCAUUUGUUUGUAGCGCUGUGAAAAAAAAGGAAAUAAAAAGUUUAUUUGGAGGCGACAGGGGAAGAGAGGUGACACAGUUUACAGAAUGUUGCCCAAAAAAAAGCAUCUAUGCCUUCUGGAAUUUUUUGUGUUUUUCUUUUUUUAAAAAAAAACCUUCCUUGGAGAAUAAAUUGGAUCAUAUCUCAGAGCAGACACUCCCCAUAUUUUUUUUCCUGUAGUACGUAAUAGCAUGAUACUCAAUGGCAUCAAAUGGUACACGUUUUCAACAACAUAACUUGGCUAUGUGACUUUCUUUUUUUCUUGACAAGCAAAUGUCAAAGAGAGUGUUGCCUGGGCAGCCAUAAGUAUUGUAAAUGUGUGCAGCAGAGAGGACCAUGUUGGUAAGAAAUGAGUUUGGAAGCCCCGGGAAAAAGGGGUGCACCUCCUUGCGUGACUUGAAGUCUCGCCCUGAAAGUGAGUCUUCCUGCUUGGCUGGCUGUAUUUGACCUGAAGCUCUAAAGCAGGCGCAGGGAUGCUGCAACCUUCCGGGCUGCUCCUCCUAUCAUCCCUGACAACUCACCAUGCUGGCUGAGGUGAGCUGGAGAGCCGGCAACAGUUCCAAUUCCCAUCCCCCACCCCACCCCUUUUCUGGCUCUGUGCAGGAAUUCUGUGAGGUCAGAUGGUCUGCCCACCAAACACACUCUCGCUUUUCUUCUUCUUCCCAAUAGAGAAUGCCAACAGGGAUGUACUACUUUGUGCCACUCUUCAGAGACAUAUAUCAUUAACAUUUUAUGUACUUAAAACUAGAUAAUGUAUAAUUUAUGGCUAUGACUCUUGUGCUAAUCAUGGAUAUUAUGAAAGUCCAAUUAUAAACAUAAAUCAAACCAGUGUCCACUGUGUGGUUUGAAACAAGGGGGCUGGAGGGGAGGUGCUGUGUCAGCCUAACGGUGCCUAAAGGGGUGCUUGUAGCAACCAUGUAAAUGUCCACAAUUCUUUUCCUUGGCCGUGUUCUAGAACUAAACCAGAGGGGUUGUUUCCAAGUCAAAACUGGAGUCAGCUGAGCUUUGGCGCCCAUAGAUGUGGAAGUGCAACAGCUUUUAUGCAAUUGUGGAAAGUUGCGUAAGCCCCAAAUGCUGUGCUAGUAAACCGAUGAGUGUCAGAGCUGGGCGACAUAUUGAUAAAUUGUCUGAAACCAGUAUGGCGUCAGAUCACGAUACCAGUUUCAUACAAUAUUGAGCUGGCAAUAUUGAGUGAGCACCUAUUCAGGCUGUCGUCCUGCCUGCCUUUGCCUUUGAGGAAGCCCCCUGCCCCUUCAGCUCAUGCAAGCCGGAAUGGUAUGGGGGCUUGGCUCAGCUUGGGGGGCAGAAGGAGCACCUCUGGCUCACGUGAGCCUGAGCAGUAUGGGGGCUUCCUCAGUAGGGCUGGGUGACGCAGCCAAGAUACAUUCCAGACACUGAUAUAUCAGCAUAUACCGUAUUUUUCUUCGUUCCAUAAGACAUACUUUUUUCCUCCUAAAAAGUAAGAGGAGAUGUCUGUGCGUCUUAUGGAGCAAAUGCGUGGUCCCUGGAGCCGAAUUGCCCAGGGGCUAAAGGCAGAUUGUCCUUUUUUUUAAAGGAAAAAGAAAAAGCUAAAGGCUAACAGGGAAUGAGUGCGUAGAAAGGAACCCGCUCAGCAGCUGAUUGCAAGAGAUUGGGGAGGGAAAUAAGAGAGCUAGCUCCCUUCCCGGCCCCUUGCCUAGGCCUCAAUUGUUGGCUGCAGAGGGAGACAUGUGACUGGCUGAUUAGAUUAUCUUUCUGGAAACUCUAGAAAUGGGUCCCUUUCCUUUCCUAGAGAAGCUGCAAAACUGCGAGUUCAACCCCCCAAAAACAGGAUUUUUUCCCUUUGCAAGUAAACUCAGCAACUUUGAGCUGAUCCUUAAAAAAUGGAGCUUUCUCCCUUUGCAAAAGAAGCUUCCUCAAAUAUUUAAUUGGGGGGGGGGGCAAAGGCGCCUAGGCUUCUAGGAGUUGGCUGCUAUGCCUAGGAGAAUUCAAGAAAGCAAAAAAAUUCAUGAUUUCCUCCUCUAAAAACUAGGUGUGUCCUACGGUCAGGUGCGUUCUAUGGAGCGAAAAAUACGGUAACGAUAUUUAGCUGCUGAUAUGUCACGAUGUUGAAAACCAGAUAUCACCCAGCCCUACUGUCAAAUCUAGCAACUGCCUUCAAUCUGCAGUGAUGUGUUUACUGUUCAGUGUGCUUGUUUCCCCACUGUUGCUUUCUUAAUGCUCUCCCUCCUCCCACGGAAGAGAAUGUGGCACCUAAAGUUAAAGCCAAACUUCCCAUUGAUUCGUAUUUGUGAACCAUGAAGCACAGGGGUGUCAAUUCUGAUGUAGUUUGGAGUCCAAAGACAAGCCUUACCUUUACCAAAUACUGUGUUCCCUUGUGGUGGCAAAGAUACUGGCUGAGUCUACGACAGCACAAAAACAGUUGACAUUUGCUGCCCUUGAAAGUAUCUUGGUCUCUUGCAAGGUCCUAUUUUACCAUAAUAAGCAAGAGCUCCUUGAAAGCUCAUAACACUAAGCUCGACUGAAUGCUUAAAGUUUCUGGAUGGUUAAAAGGCUCACUAGCCACAUGUGAUUUCCCUUUUCCUAUGCCACCUGUUCUUCCUUUUUAAAACCUUGCUAAACUGAAUAAAAUGGCAAAUAACUUUCUGCAGGCAGGCAUUCAAUAGUCCUGUGUACAGGAUUCCUAAGUUCAAAGGUGUAGGUUUUGCUUUGUCUUUAAUGAAACUUGAUUUAUUUAUGACAUGUGUAUGCAGGCCCUUAACACGAGGAUUUUUGUUUAGCUUACAAUAAGCAAAAAGCAAUUGAACUAAAAAGUAAUAACAAGUGUUAUAGGGAAAUAGAUAGAUAGAUAUAUACACACACACACAGCCAAACACAAAUCUCCCAGUGAAAAACUGAUUUAUUUUUUUAAAGAAACUUGUAUGUACAUAGUCACUCACAGUAAGAUUUUCAUAGAGGUUGUCACUAAACUUUGGUCCUGACUUUUCCUCCCCAAGGAGCCCCAGGCUUGCAAACAAAAAAAGCAGCAAAACCAUAUAUGAUCAAAAUAAAUAAAAGCAUUAAUAUCUAAAAACAUUUGUAAAUGUUCAUAUAUUCACAAAAUAAUAAUUUCAAGGUGGCGGAGAACAGUUUCUUUCAGAUUUCAGUUGUCCAGGUGAACAGGAACGUUGAAUGUUUUUAAAUUUCUCCUGUCUCUUAAGGGGGGGGGAACCAAGACCACCUCACCAGGAAAGGCAUACAAAUGGUGAACUACGACUGAAGAGGCCCUGUCACAGGUCAGUGGUAACCAGAUGGCACCCAGAAGUGACAUCAGCAACAGGCUGUCUCCAGUCCAUUACAAUCAUACCUUGGAUCCUGAACGCCUUGGAACUGUGAUGUUUUGGCUCCUGAAUGCCACAAACCCAGAAGUGAGUGUUCCGGUUUGCGAACGUUUUUUGGAAGCCAUACAUCCCAACGGGGCUUCCGUGACUUCUGAUAGAUUGGCUGCAGGAGCUUCCUGCAGCUAAUCAGAAGCCGUACUUUGGUUUCCGAAUGUUUUGGAAGUCAAACGGACUUCCAGAACGGAUUCCGUUCAACUUCCAAGGUACGACUGUGUAUGGGACUUGAGAUGGUUGUGCAACACACUACUGUGCCAGCUUGAU